AUGCCAGACGAAGCCGACCCCGCCACGCUGGCGCAGCUGGCCGCACAGAGCAACUCGGCCGCCCCGCCCCCCGGAGCACCGCACAUCCAGCCCUACCAGGCGCCGCGCUCGGCGGCCACGACGAUCGCGCCCUCCUACCAGCCUGGCAUGCAGAUCUCGCCGGGAGGCCCCGUGAUCCAGCCGUACCAGCCCAGCGGCCCAGGGGUUGGGAUCGCCGGCUUCUCGCCUGGAGCCUUCCGGCCGCCCGGCAGCCAGCAGCCCAUCGCCCCGUUCACCCCGGGCGCGCCCUACGGCAUGCAAGGCGGCAUGCCGGGCGGCAUGCCGAUGCCCGGCGCCUCCCCCGCGGCGAGCCCCCAGAGCGGCGUGAAGGCGUACGUGGAGCGCAUCGCCAAGGGGGAGGUCCUGGUCAGCCCGGAGGUGGCGCAGCGGCUAACGCGGCAGUGCGGAGCGGCCAAGGCCACGGCCAAGCAGCUCGGCGAGAUGGUGUGCGAGCGCGCGCGCCGGCUGUACCUGGGCCUGGAUGGCGGAGACCCCGCGGAGGCCGACGCGGCGCUGGCGCGGAUGCUGGCCCUCGUGGACGCGCUGGCGCAGCUGGACGGCGACCUGGCCAAGCAGGCCGUCGCCCACAUCAAGACAGGCAUCUCCGAGGAACUGACAUCGCUGAACAGCAGCGCAAAGCACCAGGCGGCAGCCCUGCCGAUGCUCCAGCGGCUCGGCCUGGCGAAAGGAGGAGCCCCUGCGGCUGCCGCCGCCGAGUCGGUGGACCUCCUCGGAGGAGGCGGCGCCCCCGCGGCGGCGCACGCGGACCUGCUCGGCACCGGCGACGCGCCCGCGCCGGCGGCGGAGGCGGACCUGCUCGGCACCGGCGGCGGCAGCAGCGGCGGCGCCGCCCUCGGCGGCCUGUUCGACGCCAGCCCGGCGCCGGCGCCGCAGAGCGACGCGAACGCGCUGGCUGGUUUGAACUUCGGCGCCGCGCCGCCCGCCGCGGCGGCCGUUCCGGCAGCAGCACCAGGAGCGAUGCCCGGCACGAUGGGCGCUGGGGCGACCAUGAGCCAGCAGAAGAGCGGCGACGCGUUCAGUUUUGUGGGGGCGGAGCUGUCCAAGGCGAAGGCGUGA